UCAUUCAUCCGAAGCUCGUAUAAAACACUCGAGACGUACAGCACGUUUUCGAGUUCCGUCUGUCGUGAAGUCACUACCUAGUAUUGACUAGUUAAUAUUAAUUCUGUCUACCGUAGUUUGUCACUUGUCAGUCAUCACUGUCGCUGUCCGUUUCUUUUUUGGUUCAAUAGUCGUCCAGGCCAUACGUUCUGUUUGGUGUUUUUUUAAUUAAAUUUUGGUUUCUAAUUUAAACAUAACAGUUAUUACACUGUUGAUUUAGGAGAAAUUGUUUUUUAAUUGUUUGUUUUGUUUUUAUUUUGUUUAUAAUCGGUUCCUGUUUGAAUUUUUUUAUUUUAUAAAUAUUUCACAUUUCCACGUAUUAUAAUUUAGUAAUAUACAUCAUAAAUAUAGCUCCAUAUACUUACGUUACUAAGCACUUAAUGAAGUAAUGGCCGUUUGCAGUUCAGUAGUGAAGACUGUUGUACCUGAUUACAGUAAUGGUGACUGCAUCAAAUUGUGCAGUGAACAUUAUUGGCCACCCAAAGAUGAAAACAAUCAAGUUUAUAGACAUUUACCUCCAACUACAGACACAGUGCUGACAAAACCGUUUCCAAUUAGAGGUGAACGUCUUAACUAUGUUAACACACCGCAUGUCAUUGCCAUGGUCGGACUGCCGGCGCGAGGGAAAACUUACAUAUCUAAAAAACUUUCCCGGUACCUUAACUGGAUCGGUAUCAACACAAAAGUUUUCAAUCUCGGAGAAUACCGGCGUCAUGCUACUACGGCGUAUAAGUGCCACGAGUUCUUCCGUCCCGAUAACGUUGAAGCGAUGGCAAUUCGAACACAAUGCGCUAUCGACGCGCUCGAUGAUGUCUGUACGUGGCUUGAUAACGGCGGUGAAGUCGCUGUGUUUGACGCCACCAACUCGACCAUUGAGCGCCGGCAAUUGAUAUUGGAUAUCGUCGUAAAAAAACGAGGUUUUAAGUUGUUUUUCGUCGAAUCGGUGUGUGAUGACCCAAAAAUAGUCGAACAGAACAUAAUGGAAGUGAAGAUCAACAGCCCGGACUACCAGAGCAUGGGUGCUGAUGUGGCACUUAGGGACUUUUUGCAACGGAUAGAGCACUAUCAGGAACGGUACGAACCAUUAGACGAGGUGAAAGAGUCUGAAUUGAGUUUCAUGAAGAUAUUCAACACUGGGGAAAAGGUGUUGGUGCGCAAGCACGAAGGUCAUAUACAGUCACGCAUAGUUUACUACCUAAUGAACAUUCAUAUCAUUCCGAGAACCAUUUAUCUUACUAGACACGGCGAGAGCGAAUGGAACAAGGAAGGAAAAAUCGGCGGAGAUUCUCAACUAUCCCCCAACGGUGUCAAGUAUGCCAUCGCAUUAGCCAAUUAUAUAAACGGUCAGAAUAUCAAAAACCUUCGGGUGUGGACGUCAUGGCAUUACAGGACUAUUCAGACCGCGAGCGGCGUUCAGGCCCCGCAAGAACGAUGGAAGUCGUUGAACGAAAUUGAUGCUGGUGUAUGUGACGGUAAAACGUACGCGAUGAUCAAACGCGAGUAUCCUGAUCAGUUCGCAGCCCGUGACAAGGAUAAGUUUGCGUACCGUUAUCCGAGAGGUGAGUCGUACGAAGACCUGGUUGCCAGGCUAGAACCCGUGAUUAUGGAGCUGGAAAGACAGGGAAACGUUCUAGUAGUCAGCCAUCAGGCUGUGUUCCGGUGUUUGUUGGCAUAUUUCUUGGAUAAGAACUCAGAAGAGUUACCGUACUUAGAAGUGCCCUUGCAUUCGUUGAUAAAACUCACGCCUGUGGCGUACGGUUGUAAAAUGGAGCAAAUCAACUUUCCUAUCGAGGCUGUCAACACGCAUCGUCCUAAGCCUCAGGAUAUGCCUACUAUCUCCGGUAGCAUGGACACAAAAUCUACUAAUACGGAACCGGGAUAUCUGGAAGAUCGAUUCAAAGACGAUUUGAGUGACGACGUCGGAGGUGGUAAUAAUAUGAAUAGCAAAAAAGCGAACAACGGCGACGCUACACUGCCCACUUAACUAACGAUCCACCGUCAUACGGCCACGAUCACAAUUAUAUUACUAUACUAUUACUAUAUUGGAGAUACCGCACCACCUUCUCUGUAUCUGCGCACGCCGUUUAAAAACGACUGCGUUUCUGCAGCGGAGGUCGUGAUGAAGAAGCCAUCGUCCACGCACUAAAAAUAAAUAUAAAUUACCCAUUAUUAUUAUUUAUUGUUUCCAUAAAGGGGGAAGGGGAAGAAUGGUGAUUUUGAUUUUUUUUUUAUGUAUAAUUUAAUAUUUAAGAUAUAUAUUUGUGUUUGUGUGUGUAUGUGUGUGUGUGUGUGUGUGUAUGUGUGGUUGAUAUCAAUAUAUUGUAAUAUAUCACGCGACAGAGAUUAACUAUCCGAAUUCGACUAAUAUAUACCCAUAUGUAUAUAUUUUAUUUUAAUAAUAUAUAUAUAUAUAUAUA